CUGUACACACAGAGAGACGUUUGAAGCUAAUGUAUGCUUGUAUAAGUUACGUAGCUGUUUUAAGUUACUUUAGUUUUAGUUUUGUAGGUGAGCAGCUCUGUCCUAGCAUUUACCCAGGUAUCAGCUGGUCCACUUCAAAUGUCUGACGAGGACGAGCAAACUGUCAUGUCGGACAUAGAGGCUGACGAAAACUCAUCUUCCAUCGGAGAUAAAGAGGAAAAGAAGGUUUGCCCUUUGACCCAAGAGACUACAAGUGAGGGGCUGUCAUUACUGUGCCGGACAGGAAAUGGACUCGGACAUGCGUUUGUCAAACUGGACCUAAAAGACAAAGGACUGACUGACAUAGCUGCAGUUAGCAGUUACAUUCACCUCCGCUUUCUGGACAUAUCCGGCAACCAUCUCAGUGACCUGUCGCCUCUGGCAUCUCUCAUUCAUCUGCUUUGGCUGAAGGUUGACAAUAAUGCUGUGGCACAUUUCAAAGGACAACCUUUUGCUCAGUUACCCUACUUGCAAUGGCUGAGUAUGGCAGCAAACCAGCUGAUGGACUUGGACGGCUUUGCUGGAGCUGCUUUAGAGAGCCUCACGCUUACAGGUAACAGGAUAAAGACAGUGAAUGGACUUCAGUGCGGUAGUUUUGCCAACCUGAUGACUCUGGAGCUGAGAGGAAACAGCCUUGAUAACACUGAUGGCAUCAACCUUCCCAACCUUCGGAAAUUAUAUCUGGCCCAGAAUUCAAUCAAAUGUCUGAAGGGUUUGGCGAUGUUGGAGCACCUUUCUACCCUUCAUCUGCGAGACAACCAGUUAGAAACUCUGCAGGGUCUUAGCUCCAACAUGAAGUGUCUACAGUACCUCAAUGUCAGAGGCAAUGCAAUCACAGAGGAGAAUGCCCUGCAGUACCUCAGGCUUGUGUCAAAAACACUGCGCACUGUGGUGCUCUCCAAUAACCCACUGGUUGAAACCACAGACUACAGAGUCAGUGUUCUGAUUCAUGUGCCUCAGCUGGAACGAAUUGACAAAGAUCAUGUCUCUCCUGAGGAGAGGACUGAGGCCCAGGACAGAUUAAAGGAAGAGGAAAUAACUGAACCAUAGGAUUGGUAACGAUGACAAGAAGAAGGAAGUGUUUGACCUCCUUGACUUACUUCUAGUAAGAGGCGUGGUUGGAUGACUGGCUCUGUGUCUGUUUUGUCUGUGUGAUGCAUCAUCCAUAAAUUUGUACAGUAAAAUUGCUUGUGUCAUGUUUUUA